AUGAUGCCCUUCCAGAUGUACCCUGGACAGGCUCUCAACCCCAUGCAGAUCAACCAGCUCCAGGCUUUGCAGGCUGCUCAGAUGGGCGGUCAGCAAUUUGUUGGUCUUCAGGGAAGCCAGCAUGCCGGCCAGAUGGGCGGCAACCAGAACCAGCAGCAACAGAGGAAGACCCUCUUCACUCCUUAUCUCCCCCAGGCUACCCUGCCUGCGCUCCUCGGCGACGGCCAGCUUGUGUCUGGUAUCCUCCGUGUCAACAAGAAGAACCGUAGCGACGCCUACGUUUCCACCCAGGAUGGCCUGCUCGAUGCCGACAUCUUCAUCUGCGGCAGCAAGGACCGCAACCGUGCCUUGGAAGGCGACCUCGUUGCCGUUGAGCUCCUCGACGUUGACGAGGUUUGGUCGCAGAAGCGCGAAAAGGAAGAAAAGAAGAAGCGCAAGGAUAUCACCGACACCCGCUCGGGAUCCACCAACCAGGGACAGAACCAGUCCUCGAACAAUGCCGACGACAGCACCCCCGCCGAGGGCGGUCUUCGUCGUCGUGCAGUCUUCCGCCAGCGUCCCACGCAGAAGAAGAAUGAUGACGUGGAAAGUGAGGGCCAGAGCCUACUCCUUCGUCGAGGAGGAGGAGAUCAGCGAUGA